AUGUUCUGGACGUGGGUAGCCCUAGCUCUGGUGUUGGCUGCAGGGAUUGCUCGGCUCGUGGCCUGGAGCCGAAGGUUCAUCCUGGGCAGUGGCGGCCCUAGUCCCUUCGAUAAGGACGCGAGACGGCCCCCGGAGGCGCUCGUCACUGAGCGGGAGGUCAGGAAAGGUGUUCUCAAGCAAGCUUUCUCUGCCAGCCACGUGCCAAACCAGUUGGAUGCAGUGGUGAUCGGGAGCGGCAUCGGGGGCCUGGCGACGGCGGCCCUCCUCGCCAAAGUGGGCAAGAAGGUCCUGGUGCUGGAGCAGCACACCAAGGCCGGUGGUUGCUGCCAUACCUUUGGCCAGGAUGGUCUGGAAUUUGACACAGGAAUCCACUACGUGGGGCAGUUGAAAAAGGGCAGCUAUAGCCGCUUCCUCCUGGACCAGAUCACGGAGGGGCAGCUGGACUGGGCUCCCUUGGACUCUCCCUUUGACAUCUUGGUGUUAGAUGGACCCAAUGGCAGAAGGGAAUUCCCCAUGUACUCUGGGGAGAAAGCCUUUGUCCAGGGCCUCAAGGAAAAGUUCCCUGACGAAGAAGCUGCCAUCGACAAGUACAUGAAGAUGGUGAAGGAGGUAACAAAAAGAACCUCUCACAUGAUCAUGCUGAAGAUCAUCCCUUUGCCUUUGGUGAAGCUGCUGGACAAGUUGGGGGUGCUGACCUUUUUCUCCCCUUUCUUGAGAGCCUCCACCCAGAGCUUAGAGGAGGUACUCAACCAGCUGCCUGCGUCCCCAGACCUCAAAGCUGUGCUCAGCUACAUCUACCCCACCUACGGUGUGACCCCCAAGAAUGCCAGUUUCUCUAUGCACGCCAUACUUGUCAACCACUACAAGAAUGGAGCGUAUUACCCUCGUGGAGGCUCCAGUGAAAUCGCUUUUCACAUUAUCCCAGUGAUCCAGCGGGCUGGGGGUGCAGUCCUUACCAGGGCAAAGGUGGAGAGUGUGCUCCUGGAUUCUGCUGGAAGAGCCUGUGGUGUCAGUGUGAAGAAGGGCCAUGAUCUGGUGAACGUCUUUGCCCCCAUUGUGAUCUCCAGCGCGGGAAUAUUUAACACUUACGAGCGCUUGCUGCCUGAGAGGGCCCGCUGUUUAUCAGGUAUACAGUCACAGUUAGGAAUGGUGCGUCAUGGCUCGUCUGCACUUUGCAUCUUCGUCUGCCUCCAGGGCUCCAAGAGUGACCUGGGGCUGGAAGCCAACAACUAUUUUGUCUACUUUGACACAGACAUGGACAAGGCGAUGGAGAGGUACCUCUCCCUACCGAGGGACAAAGCUGUGGCCCACAUCCCCUAUUUCUUCAUCACCUCGCCAUCAGCCAAAGACCCAACAUGGGAGGACAGGUUCCCAGACCGGUCCACACUGAUUAUGAUGCUGCCUGCCCGCUAUGAGUGGUUUGAGGAAUGGCGGGAUGAGCCCCAGGGCAAGAGGGGGCGUGACUACGAGGCCCUGAAAGACUCCUUCGUAGAAGCUUCCCUGCCUUUUUUGAUGAAACUGCACCCUCAGUUGGAGGGAAAGGUGACCAGCAUCUCAGCGGGCUCCCCACUGAGCAACCGGUUCUUCCUGGCUGCCCCUCGUGGAGAACUCUAUGGGACUGACCAUGACCUGAGUCGCCUGCAGCCUCGUGUCAUGGCCACGAUGCGGCCGCAGACCCCCAUCCCCAACCUCUACCUCACAGGGCAGGAUGUGCUCACCUGUGGGUUUUUUGGAGCCCUCCAUGGGGCUAUGUUGUGCACCGGCACCAUCCUGCAGCGGAACAUGUACCAGGACCUUGUGCGGCUCCAGGCUCAGGGGUUAGCUGCCAGGCCCAAGAAGCUGAAUUAGAACCGUUCGAGUGGAUCCGCGAUGUCAAGCCGGAGCGGGGAGAUUUCAGGGCCCUGAUUACCCAAGCUGCAAUAGAACCCAAUAUCUACCAUCGUGUGCCUUGUCGAAAGGAGUAGCCACUCAAUAAAUCAUCAGUUUAACAGCAA